UCCAUAUAUAACCCCCUUAACCUUAUCUCUCUGCAAAAGCUCCUCAUUUCUUCUCCAUCCCCAUCUCCGAUCUCUCCUCUUGCCAUCCUCCCCUUCAUCUUUUCUGCGGUUCAUUUCCCUCUCCGCAACCGACAAUGCGUGAGAUUCUUCACAUUCAGGGCGGCCAAUGCGGUAACCAGAUCGGAGCCAAGUUCUGGGAAGUGGUUUGCGCCGAGCACGGCAUUGAUGACACCGGACGGUACAAUGGAGACUCAGAUCUGCAGUUGGAGAGGGUGAACGUCUACUACAAUGAGGCAAGUUGUGGCCGGUUUGUCCCUCGGGCUGUUCUGAUGGAUCUGGAGCCUGGAACCAUGGACAGCAUCAGAUCUGGUCCCUACGGGCAGAUUUUCCGCCCGGACAACUUUGUGUUUGGCCAAUCCGGAGCCGGAAACAACUGGGCGAAGGGGCAUUACACAGAAGGCGCUGAGUUGAUUGAUUCCGUUCUGGAUGUUGUUCGCAAGGAGGCGGAGAACUGUGAUUGCCUCCAAGGGUUCCAAGUUUGUCAUUCGCUGGGAGGUGGAACUGGAUCUGGAAUGGGGACCCUUCUGAUCUCUAAAAUCAGAGAAGAGUACCCUGACAGGAUGAUGUUAACCUUCUCUGUCUUCCCAUCUCCCAAAGUAUCAGAUACCGUCGUUGAGCCGUACAACGCCACGUUGUCGGUGCACCAACUUGUGGAGAACGCCGACGAAUGUAUGGUUCUAGACAACGAAGCGUUGUAUGACAUUUGCUUCCGGACCCUCAAGCUCACCACUCCUAGCUUUGGAGAUUUAAAUCACUUGAUAUCUGCAACAAUGUCUGGUGUCACUUGCUGCCUCCGGUUCCCUGGGCAGCUAAACUCUGAUCUAAGGAAACUCGCCGUUAAUCUCAUCCCAUUCCCUCGGCUCCACUUUUUCAUGGUUGGGUUUGCCCCUCUGACCUCCCGCGGCUCUCAACAGUACCGUGCCUUGACUGUCCCUGAGCUAACCCAACAGAUGUGGGAUUCAAAGAACAUGAUGUGCGCAGCUGAUCCCCGUCAUGGGCGUUACUUAACUGCAUCAGCGAUGUUCCGUGGGAAGAUGAGCACCAAGGAAGUGGAUGAGCAGAUGCUGAAUGUGCAGAACAAGAACUCUUCAUACUUCGUUGAAUGGAUUCCAAACAACGUUAAGUCAACAGUUUGUGACAUUGCACCUACUGGUUUGAAAAUGGCAGCCACUUUCAUUGGGAACUCGACUUCUAUUCAAGAAAUGUUCAGGCGUGUGAGUGAACAGUUCACUGCCAUGUUCAGGAGAAAGGCUUUCUUGCAUUGGUACACUGGAGAGGGAAUGGAUGAGAUGGAGUUCACAGAGGCGGAGAGCAACAUGAAUGAUCUGGUGUCUGAGUAUCAACAAUACCAGGAUGCGACUGCCGAUGAAGAGGCCGAGUAUGAGGAUGAGGAGGGAGAAUACCAGGAGUAAUGAUCCCCACCCAUGGAGUUGAGGAAGAUGAUGCAUUUUUAUGUUUGUUGAAUUGUCCUUUUUUUUACCCUGUGGUUGUGAUCUCAACUACCAGUUAUCUUUAAGGUGAUUAAGAACAUUUGGUGAAGUUGAAAACAAUUACUUCUAUUUUGUUUGUUAAUGGAAACUCUGUUUGUUGAUGUUCACUUCCAUUAGAGCAUUUGUGUAAUUAAGAUCAAUUUAUGUUUGAUGUGUUGUGCUUUGUGGUUUUUGCCCAGACUGUUGGAUGAUUACUCUUUACCUAACAUGGGUUGUUGAGUUUAGCCAAAUGAAUAAGCAUGUUACGUCUUUCACACCUGGUGAUCUGCUUCUAUUACGUCUUUGAUUGAAUGCAGAAAACAGGCCUCUUUGAACGAAUAUGGGCAGUUAUUGAUUCAAAUGAACGAAUUUGGCUCAAUUGGAAAUUAUUG